AUGGCCCACCACAAUGGCAGUGCCGAUAGCUUUAAUAGCAUAAACGAUAUCUAUGCCCGGUAUGCCGCCGGGACCGAUAGCUAUGCCCAUUCGCUCGAUCUGAAUGACAAUAGCCCGGGGCUGAAUUCUUCGCCUCACGAUAACUAUAGCCAGCCACAUGCGUCCCAUUUUAUUCCCCAUUUGCUGACACACAACACCAUCAACAACGACGAGAUCAGGAGCGCUCCUGGCACGCCAUUGCUGGUAGGCUCGUUUGAUUUUGGUUUGGCUGUGGAGCCACGUGCCAUCACAAGCUCUUCAUUGAACGUUCUUUUAGAUACACCAUCGACUGAGUCUCAGUUAAAGCAGUUGGGAAUCAAGUCCGGUCGUAGUCGCAUGACAGACAUGGCCAACAGCUCAGAGUACGUCAACCAUGACGAGGAUAUUGACGAUGUGGAGUCAUAUGCGCAAAAUAGUGAGUUCGUCAACGGUGAGUCGAUGGAAGAUAUCGGUGACGAUGACGCCAUCGAGGACGAAGAGGCUAUCGACGAUGUUGAUGAUGAAGCUGUUGAAGAUGACGACGACGUGGCCAUUGACGAGGACGAAGCAAUCGAAGAAGACUCCCACUCGUCAGAGCCAUCUGAAGACCAAAAUAGAGAGGAUUGGGUCAAUAAGGGCGCAGCAGAACGCAGAUUAUCGGACAGUAUGGUGAUCCGCCGAACUGUCAAGGAUUUUGAGUUCGGCAAGGACCUCGGUGAGGGCUCUUACUCCACGGUGGUGCUAGCAACAGACAAGAUCACUACUAAACAGUACGCUGUCAAGGUGUUGGAUAAGAGACACAUAAUCAAGGAGAAGAAGGUCAAGUACGUGAACAUUGAGAAACAUGCGCUUAACCGUUUGAGCAACUGCAAUGGUAUUAUCUCCCUUUUCUUCACUUUCCAAGACAAGUUUUCUCUUUACUUCGUGCUAGACUAUGCUUCCAAUGGUGAGCUAUUGAAUUUAAUCAAAACUUACGGCUCACUCAACGAAGAAUGUACCAGGCAUUUGGGCGCUCAGAUCCUUGACGCCAUGAAGAACAUGCAUGACAACGGUGUGGUGCAUCGUGACAUCAAGCCUGAGAACAUUUUGUUGGACGACAAAUUCCGUAUCAAGAUCACCGAUUUUGGCACUGCAAAGCUCCUUGAAAAACGCAAAAGUGGUGACAGCACCGUAGAAGAGUACCCUGUGGAUGUCCGUGCCAAGUCUUUUGUUGGAACAGCUGAGUAUGUUUCACCCGAGUUGUUGGAUAGCAAGUACUGCGGAAAACCCGGGGAUAUUUGGGCAUUUGGUUGCAUUCUUUAUCAGAUGGUUGCAGGUAAACCACCGUUUAAGGCCACCAACGAGUACUUGACAUUCCAGAAAAUUACAAAACUUCAAUACGCAUUCAGUGCUGGUUUCCCUUUGAUCUUGAGAGACUUGAUCAAACAAAUAUUAGUUUUGCAACCUUCUCGGAGAGCCACCAUCAAGCAGAUUCAGGGUCAUUACUUCUUCAGAGAGAUCAAAUUUGACGACCUGCUAUGGUCUAACCCUUUGCCAGAAUUAGGCCCUUAUAAAAUGACUGCCAAAUCGAUGAUGAAAAUGCCUCCCCAAAGCAAAGCGCAGCCAACUGUGAUUAAGAAGCCUGCGCAUACCAAAAAGCAGACUCAAGGAUCUCCCGCUCCUGCUGUUUCUAAGCGUGUGGUUAGCGAUGAUUCUGGGAACGGAUUUAGUCCUGCUAGCGUUGCUGCGUUUGUCCUUACAAAACACGAUGACGAGGAGAAUCAUCAUCCUUCAACAAAAGCACCGCCAAACAACUCGAAUGGCCCGGCAAGACAUGCUCCAGCACCCCAAUACAUUCCAGGUACCAAUAUAUUGCGUCCUACGAUUCACUCGAUGGCCAGUUACUCAAGAGCGAAUACUCAAACUAAACAAGAUUCAGAUCCGCGAAGACUUAAAUCAAAGGUUAUGGAUGUUGCCCCAAUGAGUCAAGUAGAACUCGCAUGGGAGGAGUAUCUUGAAACUUCGACAGAAAGAAUUCUCAAUGUUGGGCUGGCAAUUGUUUGCAAGCAACCUGUGGAAUACUUCGAGAGGAAGAAUAGAGGUCUUGUACACGAUGCUCCGUUGGGACUUAUAAAUAAGUUACAAGCAGCCGAUAGUCGUCUGACCGGGCGCUCCCUUCUCUCAAAAGUGGCACAUAGUAACAAGGGCCUUCGUGAUAUGCCUAGUGAAUCCUCACUGCCUAGGACAGAUAAGGAAGAGGACGCAGUUACAUAUUAUUACGAAGAGCCCGAGGGAAUUGAAAGUAUUCCUGAGGACGAAGAGAAGAGUGGAAGUCGUUCGGGAAAUGGUAGCACACUGUCAAAAAUUGGAAAAGGGUUCUUGAAGAAGUUUCUUUCACAUAGUGAUAAAAAAGCUCCAGAGACAGUGUCGGAUGUACUGUCUGUUAAAUCUUCCAACAGUGGUUCGAGCCGUCAUAACAACAUGACAUUGGAGAAAGCCAGAACUUGCCAUAUUUUAGUAACUACGCAUGGAAGACUCUUGAUAUUCAUGAAAGAAGACGGAACCAAUGAAACAAAGUUAGUUGCAGAAAUCAAGCUCAAUUUCCCAUUCAUUCAUUUUAGAGAAGUCAUCUCGAACAACUCUAAGUUCAGCAAGGUGCUCCCUUCCACAGGAAUCUUUGCCGUGGUUGCCACGCAGACGGCGUUUGUUUUCGAGGUAGAGAAGUACGAAGUUAGCCAGUGGACUGAAGCACUUGCGAAGGCCAAAUUGAACCAGCUUGAAAGAGAUCGGAUUGAGGAGGCCAAACGCAAGAACUCCCCAAGGGCCUCGCCUAAACCAUCACCUAAGUUAAUGGAUGCGCCUACCUUCGCAAGUCCUUCCCAGAGAGUAACUGAGUCGGGGAGAAGGUCACCAGUGCGUGGCAGCUCUGGACGCGGCACAUCGGGAAACAGUGGUUCAGGUAGUGGUUCCGGACGUUCUAGCCCUUAUCAACUGCGUCGUACUGUUACUAGUCCAAGAACUCCAAGUCUGCAUGUCCUGAGUCCAACGGAGCUGAAGGAGAGGACGCUGAACCAGCUUUUCCAAAGCAAGGUUAAAAGCAGCAAAACUAACGGAAAACGAAAACCACCACCACCACUUCCUAAAUCGCAAUCUUUGGGAGCAAGUGGAUUGAGCCGCGAGGCUAUGCGUGGAGAUAGCGGGACCAUCCAUGCUGCGCAGUUAGCUGUCUCCAACAAUCCUAACUUGGUUAUGACAGAACCACGGAGUUCGAGUUUCACGAGAGAGAACGGGCUUUCUGUUUACAAGCAUAACGUAAGCGGAGGUGCAAGUGGAAGUGGCAAUGGAGGCAAGGCCAAGAUCACUACAAUGAAUUCCAAGUUUUUGGCAAGAAGCAGGGGGAAGAAGUAG